CAUACCCUUCAUUUACCUAUGUAAUGCUUCAUAGCACAGUUGUGGAAUCAAGUAUCCAAGUGCACACUGUUUACUACAAUUUGGUUCAUGUUAAAACUCAAUAAAAUAAAUUAAUAUUUUCAGUUCCUUAUUAUAGAUAUUNGAUAAAUCAAAGGUGGGGGAAAAAAUUGACAAAGAAACUUCCAACUUGUAAUUGAUAGUCAUUGACAUGAAAACUGUUGGUCACUAGCUUCAUUUCAACAUUUUACUUGUUUAUUCAGAAAUUCCAUGAAUUUAUUUAUGCUUAAUCUGGAAUAAAAUCACAACAUUUGAGGAUAUUCUACACAAACCUGUCAUGAUGAGGCAUACAAAGAACAGUCUCUUGGAUAUAAUAUACAGGUGUCAUUCUAUGUGUCCUUUUAGAUGGUCUGAAUUUACACCUUUGUAAAAUGAAAAGCAUUUGUGAAACUAUAAUGAUGAUUUGUGCAGACCUUUAUAGAAACAGAUUACAANAGAUCACAUUACCUAUUCAUCGCAUGGUUUUAAAAUUUUUCGUCUACAACAUCAGGCAGUUAGUGUCUUGAUAGGAUUUUAAAGCAGUUUUGUUAACUGAUUCUAUGCUUGAUGGCAUGAAAUUUGACUUGAACAUGUUAUUGUUUCUUCCAAAUUCUUAUUAUUUCAAAAGCCAUGUAUAUUUCAAGUUGCACAUGUCCGAAAGAAUAAUAGUUUUGAGAAGCUGUAAAUUGUUUCAAACCUGAUCAGCCAGGCAACCAUGAACUGGUGGAGCAGCAAAAGACUUCAUUUCAUCACACAAAUUAUAUCGACCCUUUUUGCAGUGGCCGCAUCGUGUACAACCGAUCCCAGUUUCAAGCGCCACACGGUCACCAGGCACCAAAUGUUUUACCUCAUUACCAACUUCUUCUAUGAUCCCAGCACNCUCAUGACCAAUUACCAUUGGUUCCUUAACUAUGAAGUGUGCAACCCUCAGUUUCUGAAAAUGAACAUCACUGCCACAGAUCCCAACAGCUUUCAUUCUAACUCUGACAUCAUGGGGAUUUGA